AUGGCUCCUCUCCACGCCACAAAGGCACUCUCACGCUCGCAAGAUCUCGCCAUUGAGGUCAUCGAGCGCAUCGGAUCGUCCAUUUCAAUGGCCUGCGUUUUAUUCCUCAUGUCGACUUUCCUAGCCUAUCGGAGACUCCGUACUCCGUCGAAUACCCUCCUCUUCAGUGCAUCACCUGCAAAUCUCUUCGCUGGCAUUGCAUCUCUUAUUGGUAGAGCUGGCCUGAGCCGUCCCAAUGCCACAACCUGUCAGGUCCAAGGUUUCUUCUUAGAAUGGUUCAUGCAAGCAGACGCCUGGUGGGCAUGCGCUGGAGCCCUCAACGUUAUGCUCGUCUUCUUUUACCGGUACAACGCAGAACAGCUUCGGCGUCUCAACCCCAUCUAUUGGCUCAUCUGCUACGGUAUCCCUGCCAUCCCAGCUGUCUUCAGCUUGAUAUUUAGAAAGAACGGCAAGCAAAUGUACGGAGAUGCUACACUCUGGUGCUGGUACUCCACCAACUACAUAAUGGUCCGCCUCUACGCCUACUACAUACCCAUCUGGGUGGUCGUCUCCCUCGCCAUGAUAAUCUACACGCUCGUCGGCAUCAAGAUCCACCGGAACAACGUGCUCCUGCACUCCAUCCAAGCCACACCGCUCUCAAACCUCUGCUCCCGCACCUUCGAGCACGAAAUCGCGUACUCGGCAGCUCCUCCCCGCUGGAGCCUCCCAGGAGAGAACGAUAUGAACGGUGCAUCCACAGUCACGAUCUCCGCUCCCCCCUUCCGCCUAGGCCACUGCGCAGUCCUGAAAUCGAUGUUCGUUACGUUCUUGAAUAUCUGGCAGGACGACAGCAACCUCAGCCCUUCCGAUCGCACAACCAUGGCUUAUUCACGCGUAGCUUUCCUCUUCUUCGCUUCGAAUCUCAUCACCUGGGUCCCAGCGUCCGUGAAUCGCGUGUACGCGCUUCUGCACCCCGCCGAGCCGUCGUUCUCCCUUAAUGUUUUUGCGGCGAUUGUGCUCCCGCUGCAGGGACUGUGGAAUUGCAUUAUUUACCUCGUGGUCAAUAAGACGUUGUUUAAGGAGAUAUUCCGUGAAUGGAAGGUUAAUAUGCAGAGAGGAAGAAAGGCCCCUGAUUCGACGACUGAGAGUAGAGAUAUCGAGGUUGAUUUCAAUGAUUUGGGACAGAGUGAUGAGGAUGAGUACAAGAUGCAGGAUCUCCUGGAGGCCUUGAGAGGAUGA